CUGCCCAGUUCUUUGGUCCCAUUCCCCGCAUUUGGUCGCCAAGAGCAGAGGGACCGAGCUCGGGGCAAGAGCAUCUGCGCGGAACGGCGGCAUCCCCCGUUCCGAUCUGCCCGCUGCAGGACUGAAGGCUCCCGGGGCGAAAGGACUGGCCGGAGGCUGCGAGAAGCGGGACCUCGAAGGGACGGGCGGGGAAGGAAGCGGCACUGUCCCUUCUCGGCGCUCCGCUUUGGGAGCCGCUUCUGGGCUCCGUUAGAAGCCGCCGCACGAGAUUGGACGGCGCGAACUGCUGGCAAGUCCAGCCGACGCCCGCUGAGCUUUGAAACCUCGACGCUGCUCGGUUGGAGCUCAAGGGCGAGCCAGGAGAAGGAGAGCCGGCAUUUCUUCUACCAAAACCGAUUUCCCUCGUUCUUCCGACGAGCCUCUGGCUGACUCAUCCUCCUUCUCCUUCCCUUCUGCAAGUCAGUUCCUGGACCCUGUUCUUGGGCUGGAGCUUCUCUCCUUCCCUCUGGUCCAGGCUGCCUCUUUUCGUCUCAGCUGUGACUUCUAGGAGAAGACACUUCCUAUACCAGAAAAACAGAUAGCAGAUCACCUGGAGGUAUCAGUCUUUGUUCUUCCCAGACGUUUGGCCUCCACUGCAAUCUAUUUGCAUCUGCAUGAUGAAGGGUCCAUUGCUUCUUUCCUUGCUGGUGGGAAUCUUGUGUCUCUGGAACCCCAGUCCUGUGGAACCCCAGUCUGUCUUGACUGACCAUGAAAUUGAGGAAUUCUUGAAAGGCUUCCUGGGGGAAGUGGAUGAGGAUUUAGAAGGGCCAGAGACAGGAAAGGUGGCUGUUGAUGAGAAGCUUCCUGAAAAUCAAGGAAACCUGGAUCCUGCAGAAAGAGAGAAAACUCCAACAGAAGUCGAAGAAGUAACACAGGAGAGAGUGACAGAGAAGCCCAAGAAAGGGAAGAAGGAGAAGCCACCUAAACCUACAAAAAAGCCAAAGGAAAAACCACCCAAAAGCUCCCCAAAGCCAAAGCCUCCCAAAAAGGAGAAGCCUCCCAAAGCCACCAAAAAGCCAAGGGAGAAGCGUCCCAAAGCCACCAAGAAACCUAAGGAGAAACGUCCCAAGGCCACCAAGAAACCAGCAGCAGGAAAAAAGGUGGAAAGGCCUUCUCCUCCAGUUCCACCAGAAGAAGAGAGGUAUCACUUUCCAGAAACACCACUGAUCUCACCCCCAACAGGAGUUGAAGAUGGCUAUGGAUUGCCAGAUUCAGCCCAUGACCUCUCCCGAGUCAAUGAAGAAGGGGGCGAAUCUCUCUAUCCUGAGAAGAUAACUGAGAAACAAGAUCCAUCCAGGUUUCACACUGAUGUCUAUGAAUCUCCAACGGAGCCACAGGAGACCCCCCCAGAUGACAAAGAUCAGGAAGAAUUUCCUGUAGAACAAGAGCCGCCAACACUGGACUACAAUGAACAGAUUGAGCGUGAGGACUACGAUGAUUAUCAAUAUGUCCGGCGUGAGAAAAAAACCAAAAAACCACCGCAAAAGAAACCUGGGAGACCCAGGCUGGAACCAGAAGAGAAACCAACAGAGAAGGUGGAGGAACCUCCCACCCGUCCUUUCGAGAGUCACUAUGAUGGAGGGUUCCAGCUGCCAGAUUAUGAAGAUGUGGAUUAUGGUCUGCCUCCCCAGGAGCCCAAAAAAUUCCCCAGCGAAACAGAUGAAGAGAAGCCUAAGAAAGGAGGAGGCAGUAGCAAGGAGGAAGAGGAGAGUGAGACAGAUGAGAGCAAAUGGACAGAGGAGAAAAACAAGGAGAAAGGGAAGCCAAAGAAAACAGGAGGGGAAAAAUGGGAAACUGAUGAAAAUGUGUGGACUCCAGAAGAGAAAAUAAAAUGCCCUCCUAUUGGAAUGGAAUCUCAUCGAAUUGAGGAUGAUCAGAUCUUGUCUUCUUCCAUGCUGCGACACGGUUUAGGAGCUCAGCGUGGACGUCUCAAUAUGCAGGCUGGAUCCAAUGAGAAUGAUUACUUCGAUGGUGCAUGGUGUGCGGAAGAUGACAGUAGCAUACAGUGGAUCCAGGUGGAUACAAGACGAAUUACCAAGUUCACGGGAGUCAUCACCCAAGGCCGGGAUUCUCUGCUCCAUGAGGACUUUGUCACCACUUUCUACGUUGGCUUUAGCAACGAUAGCCAGAACUGGCUCAUGUACAGUAAUGGUUAUGAAGAAAUGCUUUUUUAUGGAAAUGUUGACAAAGACACUCCUGUGAUGACCGAAUUCCCAGAACCGAAGGUGGCUCGUUAUAUUCGGCUCUAUCCAUUGACAUGGAAUGGUAGCCUCUGUAUGAGAUUGGAAGUGCUGGGCUGUCCCCUCUCCAGCAUCCACAGCUAUUACAGUUUGCAAAAUGAAGUGAUGACAUCAGUGGACCAACUGGACUUUCGCCAUCACAACUACAAGGAUAUGAGACAGCUUAUGAAGGUAGUGAAUGAAGAAUGUCCCACCGUCACCCGCAUCUACAAUAUUGGCAAAAGCUUUCGAGGACUUAAGAUCUACGCUAUGGAGAUAUCUGAUAAUCCAGGCGAGCAUGAACUGGGAGAGCCAGAAUUCCGCUAUACAGCUGGCAUCCAUGGCAAUGAGGUGUUGGGUCGGGAGCUGCUGCUUAUGCUGAUGCAGUUUAUAUGCAAGGAGUUCAAGGAUGGAAAUCCUCGCAUCCGGAACCUGGUGACGGAAACCCGCAUCCACCUUGUCCCGUCCCUUAAUCCUGAUGGCUAUGAGAUUGCCAGCCAAAUGGGCUCAGAAUUAGGGAAUUGGGCUCUGGGACAUUGGAAUGAAGAAGGCUUUGAUCUCUUUGAGAACUUCCCUGAUCUCAACAGCAUCCUCUGGGCUGCAGAAGAGAGAAAAUGGGUACCACACAAAGUCCCCAACCACCACAUGCCAAUUCCUGAUCACUACCUUGCAGAAGAUGCUGCAGUAGCAGUUGAGGUGAGGGCUAUCUUAGCCUGGAUGGAGAAGAUACCCUUUGUGCUUGGUGCCAACUUCCAAGGGGGCGAGAAACUCAUUACCUAUCCUUUUAACAUGGCUCGGCCCAUCAAUGAGAAUGAAGUAGGGCCUCCACCAUCCUUGGAGGACUAUGAAGAGGAAAACCCAGAAGCCAAAGAGACCCCAGACCAUGCCAUCUUCCGCUGGCUGGCAAUUUCCUAUGCAUCGGCCCAUCUCACAAUGACGGAAACGUUUCGUGGAGGUUGUCAUGAUCAAGAUGUGACCAACGGAAUGGGGAUUGUCAACGGGGCCAAGUGGAAACCACAAGCAGGCACCCUGAACGAUUUCAGCUACCUACACUCCAACUGUCUGGAGCUCUCCAUUUAUCCUGGGUGUGACAAAUUUCCCCAUGAAAGUGAACUUCCACAAGAGUGGGAAAACAACAAGGAAUCUCUGCUGACAUUCAUGGAGCAGGUACAUCGUGGUAUUAAGGGCACAGUGACAGAUCAGCAAGGCGAUCCCAUUGCAAAUGCAUCCAUUUCUGUGAUGGGAAUCAAUCAUGAUGUGCAAACAGCAAGUGGAGAUUACUGGCGCAUCCUGAAUCCUGGCGAAUACCGUGUUAUAGCCAAGGCCGAAGGAUACAAUCCGAGUGUCAAAACCUGCAGCGUCUUUUAUGACAUCGGAGCCACCCAGUGCAACUUCAUCUUGUCACGGUCCAACUGGAAACGCAUCCGAGAGAUCAUAGCCAUGAACGGCAACCACCCUCUUGGGAGGCCCAUGCUGGGACGACCCAUGACACCUAAGGAGCGCAUGCGCUGGAGGAUGAGGAUGCGCCAAAGAGCUCGCCUGCGCCAGAAGAUGCUCGAACGGCUGCAGAAAGCCAGCACAAGCAUUCCCACCACCGUUCCCCCAAGUUCUGCAUUUUCCUUCUGGUUCAGCAGCACCACGCUCCCACCGUGGAGCCAAGAGCCUCCCAUAGCAGAAUCAGCCACUUCUUGGGAUGCUGACGUCUACACUGAGACGGUGACAGAAUGGGAGACAGUAACAGAGGAAGUAACCGAGGCGGAGAUGACUGGCACUGCCUUUCCCAUGACCACAGCAGAGACGUACACAGUGAACUUUGGCGAUUAGGAUCAGCCUGUCAAGUUUGUGAGGACUGCAGGCCAGGAACGCUCUAAAGACAUUCCUAAAGCCUACUCCGCCUCUUCUGCAGCAGGUAGUGGUAUCUAUUCACUGUAGCAUGUGGAGGCAUGUUCUCCUAGUUUUAGGACCCACCAGGAGCCCCUUGCUUUAAGCAGGCUCUAAGAGCCGUCACAUUUGCAUCAUUUAUUUUUCAAACACACACACACCGAACAACUUUCUUUCUUCUUUGGCUAUAAAGGCUCAGCUUUCUUUAUAGGGUUAGAAUACUAAAUCCCUGCUAAAUGGAAAGUUGAGGUGAACACAUGGUACAUCUCAGGCUGGCUAUAGAAUAGGGACUAAGCUAAGAACAUAACCUGGCUGAAUCUUUAAAAUUCUGGUAGGUUAAUCUUUUUUUUUUUUACUCCAUUCUACUUUAUAAUGUUCUUUACAGCAUGGGUCCCCAACCCCUGGUCCAUGGGACAGGCACUGGUCUGCAGCAUGCCAGCAACUGGGCAGUGCAAAGCAGCGAAGCCCCAUCCAUGGGAUGCAGGCAGCAUGCAAAACCACAUCCCCACCGGUCCAUGGAAAAAUCUUUCUCCAUGGUGCUCCAUUUCAGUCUAUGGGGGCUGCUGCUUUAUAGUACAGUGUUAAGAUUCUUGCAAUGGGGAAAAGAGAAGCAGACUAGGCCUUUAUCUAGAGGGACACAGCUAUUGCUUCCCUGUGUAAAUCCACUGAAAUAAUGGAGCCCAUCAAGCACUGACAAAUAUUUGGGGCACAACCCAACAGUUUUAUCAGUGUCCCCAUGACUGUUAAUUUGCAGUUUUAAUACUUUUACAAAAGGGAUCUGCUACAUGAAAAAUUCAGAUUUCUUUCCACUUCUAUUUAAGAAGUGAAAUAAUUCUUAAAGCAUAGAGUAAGAGUCAUAACUAGAACCAGAGCAAAAAUUGUUGAAAAUUGAUUUGAAAAAAAAAAAAAGAUCUAUUUUUGACUUCUCAAAAUGCCAACCAGCUUAAGUUUCCAAGGCAUAAAUGGCUUUCUUUCAGUUUUGUUCACUUGAUCCGGCUUGAAUUCCCACAGGAUUCUGGGUAUUUUCCAAAGUGAGGAGCUGGUACAGCCUAAUUGCUUCCCAGGUACAAAAUCAGUAUCACUUUGUUGUGGUCCUCCCAACAUCAAGGAAAGCUGUUGCCUUGAUUGCAACAGUCAAGAAGGAAGAUUGAGAUUUGCUAAAUCCAUGGAUGACUUUGAAGCAGCUGCUGCCCAGGAGGCAGUCCAGGGUCACCUUGAGCCUUUUCGGUUUUCCAACAGUUGUAUUCAUUGAAUAAAAUGAAUUAUACAAGAAA